AUGUCAGUCACAAACGAGUCCAUUUGGGCCGCCAGCCCCUCCACUACCCGCGGCCAACCCACCCAGCUGUCGUCAGACGCCAAGGGUGAGCGACUGGCUUAUGCAGCGAACAAAUCCAUCUUCCUGCGCUCCAUCGACAACCCCGCAAUCGCUAGGCAGUACACUGAACACAAGGCACAGACGACUGUUGCUCGUUUCGCCCCCUCUGGAUUCUAUGUUGCCAGUGGUGAUGCCACCGGUACGGUGAGAGUGUGGGAUUGCGUGGGUGAAGGAAUCACCAAGGGUGACUACAGCAUCGUCAAUGGCCGAAUCAAUGACUUGGCCUGGGACGGGGACUCCCAGCGCAUCAUCGCCGUCGGGGACGGGAAGCAAAGAUAUGGACACUGUAUUACCUGGGACAGUGGAAAUACUGUGGGUGAAAUUUACGGCCAUACGCAGCAAAUCAACUCCGUGUCAAUCAAGCCGCAGAGGCCUCUGCGGGCGGCUGCCGCUGGCGAUGACAAGAAGCUGGUUUUCUACCACGGAGCUCCUUUCAAGUUCAACAUGGGAAUUGGUGAUAAGCACUCCAACUAUAUCUACGGUGUGGGAUUCAGUCCAGAUGGGUCGAAUUUGGCCAGUGUAGGCGCAGACCGGAAGAUCUGGCUCUACGACGGGAAAACAGGUGAAACCAAGGGCCAGAUCGGUGAGGGGGAACACAAAGGAAGCAUUUUUGGACUCUCCUGGUCCAAGGACUCCAGGAAAUUCGUGACCGCGAGCGCGGAUCGAACGGUCAAGAUUUGGGAUGUUGAAGCUGGCAAAACAACCCAGAGCUGGACCCUUGGCGAGGAGGGCGCAAUGAACAUCCGAGACCAGCAAGUCGGUGUGGUGUGGCCACCUGGAAGAAGCGACAACUUGCUCAUCAGUUUAUCCCUCAGUGGAGACUUGAACUACCUGGUUGAGGGAACUCCCAAGCCUCGACAAGUGAUCCAAGGCCACCAAAAGAACAUCACUUCUUUGAACCAGUCUACUACGGAUGGCAACGAGACCCUGUGGACAGGCAGCUUUGAUGGAAGAGUGUGCAGCUGGGAUGUUGCCAGUGGUACCGCCGAAGAGAUCGAAGGCGACGGCCAUCCAGGUUAUAUUUCCGGGCUUGCACCGACGUCGGAGGGAGCUGGUAGGAUUUACAGUGUCGGCUGGGACGAUACAAUCCGCUCCAUUGAUAUCGACGCCAAAACCUACACUGGUAGUACAUCAAAACUGAGCGGGCAACCAAAGGGCGUGGCCGCCGGAGAUUCAAACGUGCUGGUGGGCACGACAGAGGCCGUUGAGAUCUUCCACGAUGGCAAGAAGACUGGAGAAUACAAAAACAAAUCUUCUGCCACGACGGUGGCAGCUCAUGGUGCCAUCGCGGCAGUAGGAGGCGAGGAUGGAUCGGUUCAGAUCUGCGGUAUUUCCAGUUCGGGCUUGUCGCCUCGAACUGACAUUAACGCAUCGCGCAAUCAGAUCUCCACCCUGGUUUUCUCCCCAGACGCCUCGCUCUUGGCUGUGGGUGAUCUACGGGGACGUGUCCUGGUGUUCAACGUUGCCGAUGGCAGCCUGGUCACGGAUCGGUGGACGGCGCACACGGCGCGAAUUACGUCGCUAGCCUGGAAUGAGAGCGGUUCUCACGUGGUGAGCGGCUCGUUGGACACCAACAUCUUCGUCUGGAGUUUGGCAAACCCGGGCGACUGGCUUGAGGUGAAGAACGCCCACAAGGAAGGUGUCAACGGUGUCGCGUGGAUCGACGGAAGCGCGAAGAUCGCCUCGGCUGGUGCCGACGCCGCGGUGAAGGUGUGGAAAGUAGAAGGGUUGAAAUGA